GAGAGACUGAAAGGGUGUGUCCCCGACGCCAGGCGGCGGCGGCGGUCUGGGAGAAAGAAAUCCGGCGGUGGGGAGAGAACACUGGCGGUAGGCCAGGGCGGGGAGCUCGCUGCCCCGCCUCCCCCUACCUGACUUAGUUGGGAAGGGCGCUGCCCUCCGGCGUGGAGCGUCUGGGAGCUGGAGAAGGAGCCAACCUGCGGAGAUGGAGGCGGCCGGCACCUGGGCGCUGCUGCUGCUGGUGGUGCUGCUGCUGCUGCCGCUGGCGCUGCCCGCGAUCCGGACCCGAGGUCGCCUGCCCCCCGGGCCCGCGCCGCUGCCGCUGCUGGGGAACCUCCUGCAGCUCCGGCCUGGGGCGCUGUACUUGGGGCUCUUGCGGCUGAGUAAGAAGUAUGGACCAGUGUUCACCGUGCACCUGGGACCCUGGCGGCGCGUGGUGGUCCUGGUUGGGCACAAGGCUGUGCAGGAGGCCCUGGGAGGUCAGGCUGAGGAGUUCAGCGGGCGGGGGAUGUUGGCAACACUGGACCCGACCUUUGACGGCCAUGGGGUUUUCUUCUCCAAUGGGGAGCGGUGGCGGCAGCUGAGGAGGUUUACCAUGCUCACUCUGCGGGACCUGGGCAUGGGGAAGCGAGAAGGCGAGGAGCUGAUCCAGGCUGAGGCCCGGUGUCUGGUGGAGGCCUUCCAGGGAACAGCAGGACAGCCAUUUGACCCCUCCCUGCUGCUGGCCCAGGCCACCUCCAAUGUUGCCUGCUCCCUCACCGUGGGCCUCCGUUUUCCCUACGAGGAUGAGGAGUUCCAGGCUGUGGUCCAGGCUGCUGGUGGCAUCCUGCUGGGGAUCAGCUCCCCUUGGGGCCAGACCUAUGAGAUGUUCUCCUGGCUCCUGCAGCGCCUUCCAGGCUCCCGAACCCAGCUCCUCAGCCAUGUGAGCACCCUGGCCACCUUCGCCAUUGAGCAGGUGCAGCGGCACCAGGGGAGCCUGGACCCCUCAGGCCCUGCGCGCGAUGUUGUGGAUGCCUUCCUGCUGAAGAUGGCAAAGGAGGAAUGUGAUUCAAACACAGAAUUCACUGACAAGAACUUGUUGAUGACUGUCAUUUAUCUGCUGUUCGCGGGGACGGUGACCGUCAGCGCCACGGUCCGCUACACCCUCCUGCUCCUGCUGAAAUACCCUCAGGUCCAAGAACGCGUGCACGAGGAACUGACAAGGGAGCUGGGUGCUGGCCGGGCGCCAGGCCUGGGGGACCGAGCUCGCCUCCCAUACACGGACGCGGUUCUGCACGAGGCGCAGCGGCUGCUGGCACUGGUGCCCAUGGGGAUACCCCGAGCCCUCACAAAGACCACCUGCUUCCGAGGAUACACCCUGCCCCAGGGCACUGAGGUCUUCCCCCUCUUGGGCUCUGUCCUACAUGACCCCGAAGUCUUCAAGCAGCCAGAGGAGUUCAACCCAGGCCGAUUUCUGGAUGCAGAUGGGAGGUUCAAGAAGCAGGAGGCAUUCCUGCCCUUCUCCUUAGGUAAGCGUGUCUGCCUCGGGGAGGGCCUGGCACGAGCGGAGCUGUUCCUUCUCGUCACUGCCAUCCUGCAGGCCUUCUCUCUGGAGAGCCCGUGCCCAGUGGGUGCUGUGAGUCUCCAGCCAGCUGUCAGUGGCCUUUUCAAUAUCCCCCCAGCCUUCCAGCUGCAAGUCCGUCCCCGCUGACCUUCAUCCCACCGCAUCGUGUGGAACAAAUGAAGGAGAGGGUAUUGGGAGGUAGCAGCCUUGACCUUGGGCCUGGACAUGGCUGUGUCCAGAGCCAUGUCUACACCACAGGAAACCACAUUCGCACACCUGUAGUUGUAUUUGAGAGUCAGUCACACAGAUACUCGUCCGCAGGGCCACACUCACUGAACCACACACCCAUACACAACCACAAGGCAACUCAGCCACACAAGCUUUCUAUAGACAUAACUUUAGUCUUUCUGGAAUCAUAACCACGUGCCCAGAUAACCCACCAACUUGCAUACAAGGUAAGUUCCCUGGACUCACAACCCAUGUGUGGGAGUUCCACCGUAUUCUCAGCCUACAUGCCCUCUUCACUCAUCACACUUAACAGCACCACCGUCUCCAGGAGCCUGGGGCAGGGAACAGGCACCUUCCUGGGCCAUGUCUCCUCGCAGAGAGACUACCCUCAGCCCUCGAGGGACCACACCAUUACCCAGGCACGUGACUCACCAGCCACACUCUCCCAACCACUGAACCACAGUGCCAGCUCACACCUGGCUUCGUCCUGACUCCCAGAUAUCUUCCUACUGAGACAGUCUCACCCUGGCCUUCCCACCUUCAGCCUUUAAGAACCUUUUCCAAGCACCCUGAUCCCUAAAUUCUCCCAACUACAGAUAUACCCUCAUUGUGCAGUUAUGCACACAGAGCUGGGAACCAAGUAAACUAGGACACACGGGACCCUCAGACCAUGUUAUAUAACCAUGUUGAAAGCCUCUCCUGCUUCCUCAACACACACUGACCCACCGUCCCUCCUCAAAGUCCCACGUAGAAACGGGAGAAGGGGCUAGAGCAGUGGUUCUCAACCUUCCUAAUGCCGCGAGCCUUUUAUACAGUUCCUCAUGUUGUGGUGACCCCCAAUUUCAUUGUUACAAAUUGAACAUAAUUAAAGCAUAAUGAUUAAUCGCAAAAACAAUAUGUAAUUAUAUAUGUGUUUUCUGAUGGUCUUAGGCAACCCCUGUGAAAGGGUCGUUCGACCCCCAAAGGGGUCACGACCCACAGGUUGAGAACACUGGGCUAGAGGAACAAGUAGAGGCCAGAUUCCAACUCCCCGUGUCAGGGAGGAGACCAGAUCUGCUGGCCUUGUGACUCGGAAGGUCCCUGUUUUGUAAUAAAAGUUUGUUUCUGGCCUGUGGUCCA